GCCAAUGGAACCGGAGAAGAUGUACGACGUGGUCUGUGUAGAGCUGCAUCUGAAGGGCAUCGACAACAUCGAACCAAUGGUGAACUUUGCCACCGAAUACCCAGAGCUCAUACCUGAGGAUGGCAUACCUGUAAAG